AUGGAGGAGGCGGACGAUGAUAUAGCGGAGAGAGUGCAGGCUCUGAGUGACAUCGAGCUUGCCGUGCUCCUCUGCCUAAUUACGGCCCAACACUGCAUAAUCGAGACGGACAACGAACUGCUCCAUGAUUUGGAUCAGGAACUGAGGCUGGUCGCGUUCAAGGUCUUUGGGCUCACGUGGGCGGUCCUCGAAUGCUCCGAGACGACGACGGUGGAUGAUUUUGGCGUUGGCAUUCUGGCCAAAGAUGAAAGAGACGAUUACUUCAAUAGAAGACAUGAACAAGGCAAAAGCGAACUUAUCCGAGGUAAGCGGAACUACACGAGGACUGCUGUACAUGCUGCGCCGAGGCCGUUCUUGUUCAUUGCCUUGAACGAGAGCGAAUCGGCCCGGUUAGCGACCCAUUUGAAUGACCAAUUCUUCAUUUCCCACAAACAUGAAGUAGACGAUAGGUUCCCAAACCUGCAGGAACUUCAAGAGAAGGAGCCAGUAUCCGAAGAUGAUGCAUCUACGUCGUCUGUUGUCCACUCGCCGCCUGAAACAUUCGAGAAGAGAAACUCAUCAUCUUUAGUAUUCUCGCAGGAGGUUCAGAUCAGCUCUGAAGUGCGAGCAUAUCUGCACAACAUUGUGGUCUUCAUGAGAUUACACCGAGCAGUAGCGGGAGGCAUAUCGGCGAUGGCUACCCGUCAUUUCAACAUACUUUCGCGCGCGCUCGCGCCUCUUCAUGAUCUGUCGUAUAUAACGCCGUCUUUGGUCGCUCUUGCCGCUCGAAAGAUCUACCCUCAUAGGAUCGCGAUCGCUUCACCGGAGAAUGAGCGUAGUAUGCAGUGGGGGAGCUCGCUCGAUGCUGUGAAGGCAGUGCUUGAGGGGGUAACGGUUGAGGACGUGAUUGAGGAAGUGCUGCAGUCGGUGGAAGUACCGCUAUAA